AUGUUGGCUUAUUAUCGGCAGGCGAUUGAUAGUUUGACCCCUCAGUCAGUUAGUUGGACUCCGUAUGGUCAUAGUCCUCAUCUGACGGUGAGACGUACCUUGUAUCAGGGCCUGCUCAGAUUUGCAGAGAUAGCAGAAUAUUAUGAUCCCACUAGGUGCCUCCGACAGUUAGGCUACGUGCAGGUGUACCGUAUCCACCGGAGCGUCCGCUUGUUGUGCGUCGACCUGCUUCCACGCUUGGAUACUCUCUUAGCUACCAGUCUGUCUAUGAUUCGUAUUGGAACAACUUGGGGGCGCAUAGUGUGCAUCUGGACCUUUUUUCUACUCCGAUACGACGUAGGCCAUGGGAGUUUGCUGAGAAUUACAUGUCGUGAUACAUUAGGCACUCGCACCCACAUAUACUGA